CCCGGAAGCAGAGGAAUAGGUGUUUUGGAAAUUUUCCACAGGCCUGCUCUUUUUCUCGCUUAUCAAAUCAACCUUUCCCACCGUUUUUGUUUAGUCUGGCUGGAGAGAAUGUUGCCGAGAACAUAUAUCUUCUCCCAUAAUGAUGGGCCAUCUAGUCCUUUAUUCCAGCACAUUCUACCUUACGAUGUGUCGCAGCAACAAAGAAUUGAAGCCCAUCUGAAUUCAACCAAUAACUUUAUGGGUCCACCAAUGAACGCUCCCCACUUCAUUCCCACUUACCAAUGGACACCAAUGGAGCUGCCUGAUGUUGCUUGCAGUCCAAUUGGACCGAUGGGAAACAAUAGAAAGAGAACAAUACAAGAUAACACUGAUUUUGAACUAAAGAGGCAGCGCUUCAGUUGUCCAAGUCCUCACAACCAGCCUGAUAGAAACACCAACUUUAACUCACAGCCAGUGACAAGACCAGUGACGGGCAGAGAGGUUACAUGCCCUACAUGCUCAUCUGCCACGUUUAUACCAGGAGGCUGUGUGCCGUCUCUGGGAGAGACAUGCCAUCAGAAUGCUUUUUCACCAUCAUCAGUCAAAGAUAAGCUGAGUCAGCAGAUUCUCAACUUGCUUUUUGCUUGUGAGCAGCAGUCUGAUGAUCUGGAGAAGAAGGAGAGCUGCCGAGCAGCGCUGCAGAAUGACAUAAAGAGAAUUUUCCCAUGUGCAAAAGUCUUCUUGGGCGGCUCAUCUUUGAAUGGCUUUGGUAGUCGCAGCAGUGAUGCUGAUCUUUGUCUUAUCAUUCAAGAGGGCCCUGUAAACCACAGGAAAGAUGCUGUGUACGUUCUUAGUCUUGUGCGAAAAUUGCUUUACAAACUAUCUUACAUUGAGAAGCCGCAGCUCAUCAGAGCCAAAGUGCCCAUUGUGAAAUUCAGGAACAGCAUCAGUGGUGUGGAGUUUGAUUUGAACUUUAACAACACUGUUGGGAUCAGAAACACCUUCUUACUGCGGACCUACGCCUUUGUUGAAAAACGUGUUCGUCCAAUCGUCCUUGUUGUAAAGAAAUGGGCAAAUCACCACUGCAUCAAUGAUGCCAGCCGAGGAACGCUGAGCAGCUACACACUGGUUCUUAUGGUCCUACAUUACCUUCAGACUCUUCCUGACCCAGUCAUACCAUGCCUUCAAAGGGAUUACCCUACUUGCUUUGACCCUAGGAUGGACAUUCAUCUUGUGCCAAAUGGACCAAGCGAUAUACCUGCUUUUGUGUCUAGAAACAAGUCGUCACUGGGAGACUUGUUCUUAGGUUUCCUGAGAUACUACGCCACUGUUUUCAAAUGGGACAAGCAAGUGAUCUCUGUGCGGACGGCAAAAGCUCUGCCCAAAAGCGGUUUCAAAGAAUGGAAAGACAAGUUCAUCUGUGUAGAAGAACCAUUUAAUCGUACCAACACAGCCAGAGCCGUCCAUGAGAGGAUGAAGUUUGAAGCCAUUAAAGCUGCAUUCAUUGAGUCCUACCGGCUUCUGCAGCUCAGAAAAGAUCUCAACUUCAUCCUUCCCAAGACCAAACGGAUGGCAAGACCUCAAACUGCCCACAGAUAAAUCAGUGGAUUAAACCUGGAGUCUUCAGUUGCUGUUUGUACAUUGUGAGAAGAAUAGCAUUACCUGUUACAUAAAGUGUUUGGGUAUGUUGGACCUUUGGGAAUGUGUUGAAUUAAAUCCACUGAGCUGACAAGGGUUGUAAUCUGGUCAUCUCUGAGCAUGAGUAUGUGUGAAAUGUUCAUGUAACACUAAGCAAUAUCUUUUGCCCAUAUGGUACACAGUCUGCAUUUAGGAGACAGAGACUAGUUUUUUGUUGCAAAUAGACUGAUUUUGUGGUUUAUUAGCCAAUAUAACCUUUUUCCUGAAAUGAUAGCGAAACAGCAACAUGAAAAAUCCAUUAAUAUUUCUUUAAUCAGACAUAAAGUUCCUGUUCAUUUUCCUUAAAAAUAAAAAAUGGUAAAUACAAAUGUUUUUCUGGCAGAUGACUACUUUUACCUAAACAUUUUCUGUGAUCUGUUUUCUAUUUGUUUUGUCAUGUUUUGUACAGUCUUUUAAACGUUUAUUUAAAUGAUUAAAAUGUUACUAUGGAAUCCUA